AUGUUUCACUUUUGGGUGGAGAAGGUUUGUAAGAAACUUGCACUGAACAGAAAACUUCAUACAGCAAAACAGGAAAAGUCAACAAGCGUGAGCAAAAUGUCACUAAAGCUCAUCUGUUUCUUCCUCUGCGCUCUGAUUGCACCAAAUCUCACAGGUGAAGAUGCUUUGUUGCCAGCACCUCAGAAUAUCUCUAUUCUUUCUACCAACAUGAAACACUUCUUAACUUGGAGUCCUGUGAUCAUCCAGGGAGAAACUGUGAGAUACUCUGUUGAGUUUCAGGGGGAGUAUGAACGAGAGUACGCCAAUGAAAGCUGGAUUCCCAUCUGUGAAUGUUCACUCAUCACAGCCACAGUGUGUAACAUCACAGAGGAUAUCUCAGCCACUGUGGCUUAUAACCUGCGUGUAAGGGCAGAUGUUGGUACUAGAAGAUCAGAGUGGGGCACCCUGAAAGGUUUCUUCAAUCGCGUCACAACUUCCCUGACCCCACCUCUGAUGAAGGUCAUAGCAGAUGGGUAUCAUUUACUAGUGGAGCUGGAAGACAUGGGGCCUGCCUUUCAGUUUUGUGUUGUCUAUUGGAAGAAGGGCCAGGAGAGUAGGAUACAGCAGAAGGUGGUGAAAGAAGUCAGCUCUGUGGUUCACCUGGACACCAUGGAGGCAGGACCUGAUUAUUGUGUAAAAGCUCAGACAUAUGUUGAGGCGAUCAACAGAAGCAGCAGCUUCAGCCAGACACAGUGCGUGAGAGCACAAGGUGGCACAUCCAUGUGGCUGGUUACUGCCCUCAUCUCCUCUGCUGGCUUAGCUGUGGCUGCUUUGACCCUGCCUUUCCUUACCUGGAAAACAUGUAAAAUCUUCCAGUAUUCCUGCUGCCCUGUUGCUGUCCUGCCAGACACACUGAAAGUAUCAGAGGCCCCCACCCAGCUGAUACUGUGUGGCAGUGAAGAAGCUGAGCAAUGUGAUCUGAUGGUGUGUGUGAUGCCCUCAGAAGAAGUUCUCCGACUGUGGAUUCAAGAAACACUUUAGAGCACCCCAGAAAAAAACAGUCUGUGAAAACCGAUCUUGUAAGCAGAGCUGGCAGAUUGUGCCCCAGCCACUUUCCUCAGAGUGUCAAUAAGUAACAUUGUUUUCUUUGUGUCUAAAAGCUGCUGCAAACCAAAGCUGGUGUGUAUGAUGAGCAUGUGGCUGGUGCUCCUCCACUUUGUAACAUCUUCAUCCAUCUACAUAAAAAGCCAGUAAAGGUCACAGGUGACAACUGCCAGUUUCUAUAC